UGGUGGUGACCUGCUCUGGGGUUCUACUUUCUGGGGUAUCCUCUCAGAGCUGGCUUUUUGCAGGCAUCUCAGAGUCAUCUCUCUUACAAGAAGCCAGCUGUUUUAGAUUCUCUCCCUGUGCAGGUGUUUCUUGUUGAUUCAUCACUGGUCUUUGGAGGAGUGGUGGGACGGAUGUGGUAGAGGUCCAUUGCAAAUUAGUAGAUGCUUCUUUUUAAAGUAUCUUCAAGAGAUCUAGUCUACAGGUUAACUUUGUCUGAACCAGCCCCUUCAAAUCUCUCUGCUGAAAAUUAAGAGGACAAAUGGAUGACAAGUGCUCCUUUGAACGAAUUGAUACUAUAAUGAAGUCUCUCCAGCUCAUGAUCUCCAUACCUACCUUCAUUGUUGGUUUGAUUCUGAACUUGAUAGCUCUCUGGGUGUUCUACUCUUGGAAGAAACAGACAGAGUCAUCAAUCUACAUGAUAAACCUUGCUCUUGCGGAUCUGCUUCUUCUUUUCUCACUUCCUUUCAAGAUGUAUGACUCCAAAAAAGAGCAGAAGCAGCUCUUAUGCAAAUUUACAGAGGCUCUCUACUUCGUCAGUAUGUAUGGGAGUAUUUUCAUCAUUGUCUGUAUUAGCUUGGACAGAUAUAUUGCUAUAAGGCACCCGCUCAAAGCCAAAGCUUUCCGAUCCCCCAAACAGGCAAUCAUGGUAUGCUGUUGUGUUUGGGUUGUAGUUUGGCUUAGCAGCAUCCCCAUCUAUGACUUCCACAACAAUGACAAAGUCAAGUGCUUCCACAAUAUGUCCGAACAGGCAUGGGGCAUUCCCAUCAUCCUUUCUGUUGAAGUCUUUGGAUUUCUCAUCCCUUUGACUCUGAUGAUUUAUUGCUAUGUUCAGAUCAUCCAGACUCUUUGGAGGCGUAAAAACCAGGGGCAAACAUGGGCUGAGCAAGCUGCCUCUAUAUGGAUCAUUUUUGCCAACCUCAUAGUGUUUGUUGUCUCCUUUACACCAUUCCAUCUUGGGAUGUUUCUGCAGUUCCUGGUGAGACAGCGCAUCAUUGUGGACUGCACUGUGAAACAAAGCAUUAGUCUCUUCUUACAGGUGGCUAUGUGUUUAGCUAAUGUCAACUGCUGUUUGGAUGCCAUCUGUUACUACUUUGCCACAGAAGAAUUUCGCAAGAAAUCUAUUUCUGCUGCUCCAGCUAGUGCUUUGAUUGAACUGCGUAAUCUAUAGCAGAAAUAUCUUGUCCAAGUAGAAGAAUCUAUGUUGUCUAAUGCUAAUUUAAAACACUCAUUCAUUCCAAAUCCACUCUCACUGACAAACAGAAACUGUUUGUUAGGGCUAGGCCAAAAGUAGAACGAGUUAUUCAAAAGUCUUCUCCAACUUUGAAAGUUAUUGUGAACACAAAUUAGGUAUCCAUUUUGAGUAUGCAAUUGUAUACUUGGAGCUUUUUUUUUUUUAACCUUAGAGUCCAAUCAGAGUUUGGUUUAGGUCUUGCACCACUGCUUCAGACAAUUUUUAGAACAUGCAGCAGGACAUACUGUGGUUUGGGGGUUGUGAAUUUCUUAUCACAAUUUUGAAACCAGCAGAGGCUAUUUCUGCAAUUUUGACAUCUAUGUGAAAAAAACAGAAUAGUGCACUCAGUGAAGCAUCAUAUACGAGGAAUUGUGGGGUAAUCAUAAUGUAUUUAUUUGUAUUGUAUUAUAUUAUAAUACUGCAAUACAAACAUGACAUUUGCUGCCUUCCUUUGCAUUGCUUAAUUUUGAUAAGGGUAUUAUAGUGACAUGAUUCAUGCUGCUAUAGUCAAAAGGAUUUUCAGUGUUUCAGUUAUGAAAUCUGUUUUUCAUGUUCAUCAUAACACUUUGCUCUGCUUGAGUCUUCACAUAAAGUACUGGACUAAUUCUAUUUUUACAAAUUUUGUGGGGGAAAAUGAUUUCCCUAUAGAGGACACCAACGUCCUGUUCUGGAAAAAGAACAUUUUAUAGGCAGUUGAUUCAUGUUAAUGUCUGUAUGUAUUACCUGCAUAUAUUUAGAACUGUACCAGAUACAUAUAUGUUUGAUUUAUAACUUGUGAGCCACAAUUAGGGGUUGACUAAAAUAAAAAAGAGCUAUACUGUCAUAGUUAAUAUUAGGACAAGCAGAGGGGCUCCUCCAAAAUGGCAGAUCCCUGGAACAUCCUAGCUGCCUCAGUGCUGCUGGCUACAGCUUUCAGAAACUAUACUUAGUGAGGUACAAUUCCUUUCUGUCUCUUUCAUGUUCCUUAAGAAAUUGUCAGUUAAUGAUCUAUGUUAGGAAUGGGGUGCUAUAUUAUUUUUUUAAAAAAGACAUGUCUUUCUUUUAACUAUAGCAUUUGAAAAUCAUAUCCUCUUUGAAUUUUUUGGGCUGACCACUGUGCUGUGACACUAGCAAGCCCAUUUGCAUCCAUCACACUGAACUGCUACUAUAGAUUACCACAUGGGACAUUCUACAAACAAUGAGUCAGAGACUGAGAGCUCUCCAGGAAGAAGUGUGUCAGAUUCACAACUAUAGCAAUACGGCACAAUUGAAUCACUAGAAACAAACACCUAGGGGGUCAAGGAGAGGCUGCGAAUCCCCUCAAAUCUCAGACAAUUUGAAAAAAAUGCUGACAAUAAUGUAUGUUUCAUCAUAAUCUUCUUCACCCGCCUCCUUUAUUUCCUCAGAAUUUCCAGGAUUUCCAUCAUUCCUCCCUUCUGCUAGACAGCCAGUAAGCUGACACUUUAUAUUGCAGUUCAUAUGAUUUAUGACUCUUCAAAAAAAAAAAACACAUGCCUUAAAAGCUACAGUCAAAGAACUAUAUUUGAUCAUUUUUUUAAAAAAGGUUUUCUUUCAUUUUGAAAAUUAAAUUGAGAAUCAAAUACAUGAACGUUCAUUUAUUUUUCUGCUUUAAAAAGCUCCUUCCCUUGCUGCUGUUAAUGUAUGUAGCAGAUAUACUGGAUGGUGUUCGUCAGUGGCUCUGUUGUAACUAGGAGCAGCAAUGCUGAAGAAACCCAGUGUCUAAGCCUAAAAAACCCUCAGGCAGACCAGCAGGACACACUGUGACCACCCCCAUGGCCACUGAUCAGACCCACUGCAUCUGAAGUCAGGGCCAUUGAAGAAAAGUCCUGGUCAUUAGUCGAUUUAUCACUAAUUAUCUGUGGAACAGUAGGUUUUAGGCUUUAAAAGGAUAGGUGCAUAAACCCAGUAGGCAAAUAUUUGGUGGCUCCUACAGACAGAGAGAGGCUAACUGCCUGACCCUACGAACACCAGAGAAAGGAUAGCCUCACAAGUGGCCAGAGCCCAAGUUCCCUUCUGUUCCUCGGAAGCAGAUGGAAGAAAGCAGAAUGUAGGAGUCCAUAACCAGAGAUGCAGAUGGGCACUCCUUGAUGUAGAGUUCUGUACUAGGGUUCCAGCUCCAAUGAGAAUUUUUAAAAUGAAGGAAAUCGUGGUCUGUCUCUGAUUAGUCGUUGUCAAAAUGGCUUCAUGGAGUUCCUUGUUUAUUGUGCCUCAUAGUUCUGAAAAUCUAAUUUGCCCAGGUUAUAAGUAAAGACAUAGUUUUUUCUAAAGUGCCAGCUCAACAAACUUGGAGCAGGAUCUGAAAGUCAAACUGGGUUAUUUCCUUCUCAUUCAUUAUCACCAGUAAUAAUGAUUUUGCUGGUUAAUGAUCAUUUUGUUAACUUCAGCUCAAUUACACUUGCAAAUGAAAGCAGAGGGUAGCCUGGACUUAAUUAAAAUUUCUAGCGAUGGUGCAGGAAGAGGAAAAGAAUCCUGCUCAUCUCUCCUAGAGCUGUGUUGGCUCUGCAGGGCUAACCGAAGUUAAAAAAUAUCAAAUAUUUUUACUUCUAAUGUAAGCAGAUCUAUUCAGCAAGAAGGUAUCAUUUUUAUUUCAUUGCUUUUUUUAGAGCUGAACUAUACAUCAAAAGAAAUAAAACUGAGAUCUGUCUUUGACUAUAGCUAAACUUACCAUUUUUAAAAAAGAUCUGAUUUGCAUCUAGCCCCCUUUAGUGUAAUUUUGGAAAGCCUUAUGUACAACCAAGAAUAAAAUGAAGACAUUUCAACCCCCGCAAUCAAUACAUAUUUUAAGAAUGUAAUUUCAGGGGGAAAAAUUAUAAACUGCUUACCACUUUUCAAAGUCUGAGGGUUUUGUAGAUUGGUUCACUUUUUCCCCCUCUUCUGCUUGAAAUCUAGACACACACUCUGUUGCCCCUUUUUCAGAACUGGCUGUACAGAGUGCACUGACUAGACAAGCAUCUCUCUUUCGCUCAGCACAGCAUUCUGAAAAUUCAGAGUAAGAAAUGCUUUUUUAUGGUGAAUAAAUCUGAAAUGUGUUUGACAUUCAAAAACAAAAUCCACAUUUUUCCCAAGUCAGUGUUUUUCAUCAGUUGAACAUUCAGGUUCUUGUCCUGAGCAAAAUGAGAAGAGCUUUCUUUUUUCUACACUUUAUUCCUAAUGCAUUCUGCAAUAUGCAGUUAUGCUAGAAGCCUAAACCUGAACUCCUUGCAUGCCCAAAACUCCCAUUGGGACCUAGGUUUAUUAAGAUGUUAAUAAAGCAUUGUCCUUGUAGGAAAAAAAUAAGUACUGACAGAAAAACAUUAAGGAGUCCUGUAAAAAUUCCAUUUUUCUACUUUGCUGUCUUCUGCAAUCUUGAACAAAAGUUGAUUCAAAUAACUAAAAACUUUUAAAACAGUCUAUAUUUGAUUUGAAUAUUUUUGGAUAAGAUGAUCAUGAUGCUGGCAAACCAGGUGCCAGCUCUUGCCAAGUCUCUAGGCAUCAGCUAAGCACUGACAAAUUCAUAGCUAGAAACCAGACCAGCCCAUCUAGAUAUUAGGAUUGUUCAAGAUAGGUGUUAGAUGUGUAAGAAUCUGGUUAGUGUUUAGACUCUGCAAGAUACUUGUAAGUUGCUGCAUGCAUUAAUUUACUUGUAAUAUGCGUGUCCUGUUCUACAGGGUAAUAUGUAAGUUUUAUUUGAAAAUUGAAAAAAUGCCUGCUCUGAACUUGUGAACCUAGGCAGAAAGAGUGGUUCCCCCUGCCCAUCAAGAAGGACUAUCAAGGCUAAAUGGGCCAUUGUAGAACAAAGACUUAGCUGAUUGCCCCAUCCACCCAUGAAGAAGUUAUGUGCAGGGUCUCUUGUCCCAUCACUUUGAACUCUAGGGGAAGGGUAUAUAAAGAUGCUCACAAGAAGAAAUGGUUCUCUUUGCUGUUACUCUAACAAGGGCUGGAGCUAAAAAACUAAAAGCAGAGAUCCCCAGGGUCAACCUGGGUUCACCCUAAAAGACACUUGGGGGACAGAUUAUUACAUCUCUGUCAUCUUUUGGAACCCUGGACUGUGAUUCAUUUGUGCUCAUAUGUUGCCUGCUUUAACCUCUAAGUGACUCAUUUCUUUUUCCUAGUUAACAGAGUCUUAGUUAGUUUACUAUAAGAUUGGCUGCCAGUGUUGUCUUUGAGUGUCUUUGUGCCAGUGUGAGGUCUAAAGUACAAAUUAAUCUGGGGUAAGUGACUGGUCUCUUGAGACUAGGAGCAACCUGAGUAUUUUGUGAUUUUUGGUGUAAGUAAUCAUUUAUCACUAAGUCCAGCUUGCCUGGAUGGCAAGAGACUGGAGUGCCAUGGGGGAUUGUCAAUGGCUCCAUGGUAAGAUUGUUAAAAUGAGCAGGAGUUCACAUUUGUUACUGAGUUGGUGAAAGCUAAUUACAGAAUAUACCACCGGUUUGGGGUGUCUGCCCUGCUUUUUGACAGACUGCCAUGAGGUUGGCACUCAUGAUCGUGAAUCAUUUCAAACAGCAUGGCAAUUAUUGCUCGACACUCACAUGAUAAUGCUGAUGAAAAACAAUUUUAUUUGCAUCUAGUCAGGUGAGUCAUACAUAUAUUUUAAGGCAGAAAGGACCAUUAUGAUCAUAUAGUCUGCCCCCUCACCCCACUCGCAUAACAUAUGCCAAAAAAAAAUCUUCACCAGUAAUUUCUGCACAAAGUCCAUAUAACCUCUGUUUGAACUAUAGCAUUUUUUUUAGAAAGACAUCCAAUCUUGAUUUAAAGACUUCCGGUGAUGGAGAAUCUACCAUAUCCCAAGAUCAUUGAUCAAGAUAUUGAACAACACUGGGCCAAGAACAGAUCCCUGCAGAACCUGAUAAACACCCACAUUGGCUUCUGCAGGAGACUGGAAUUGGAGAGACAAACAAGAGCUCUGUUUUCAGAAGAGUCUGGGAGUGUUGAAUCAAACUGGAGUUUCAAUUCACCAAGAAACGGUGGAAUAUUUCAUCACCGCAGCUCAGUGGU